AUGGACAAAACUCUCUCCUCUGCUCAGGGAGUUCAACAAGGGGAUCCUCUUGGCCCCAUGUUAUUUGCUUUGACGCUACACCCCCUCAUUCAUAUGAUCGCCGAGAGAUGCACCUUGGAUCUUCAGGCUUGGUAUUUGGAUGAUGGUACCAGUAUCGGAGAUACUUUGAUGGUAGCUAAGGCUUUGGACAUUAUCCAGCAGGAAGGUGUUCACUUGGGGUUGCAUAUCAAUGUUUCUAAGUCGGAGCUUUUCUGGCCUUCGGCUGAUAGUAGAGGGUUAGUUGAUGGUGUUUUCCCGCCUAACUUACAUCUUCCUACCGAUGGUGUUAAGUUAUUGGGUGGGCCAGUUAGCCGAGAUCCCCAGUUUUGCAGAAACAUGGUUGUCAAGAGGGUGCAGAAGACCAUUGCAUUGAUGGAUGCGGUGAUGAAGAUGAAGAACCCACAAGGAGAGUUGCUUUUGCUAAGAAACUUUUCUGGUGUCUCUAGGUUAUAUUUCGCCAUGCGUACUACUAAACCUGAGUUUUUGGAUGAGGCACAAUUGGUUUUUGAUGACCAUCUUAGACAGUUUCUUGGGCACUUGGUUACGGGAGACGGGCCAGGUUUUGGUUUACUGCAGCAGAGACUAGUUACGCUUCCCAUUAAGGAUGGUGGUUUGGGUGUGUAUACUAUGUAG